AUGACCCUCCAGAUCCGACACGACGCCCCUGCCUUUACCGCCGAUGCUGUGGUGAACGGAGAGUUUCAGUCCGUGUCUCUAUCUGAUUACAAGGGCAAGUAUGUCGUUCUCUUUUUCUAUCCCAUGGACUUUACCUUUGUGUGCCCGACGGAGAUCAUUGCUUUUAGUGAAAAAGCAGCAGAAUUUCGCAAAUUAGGAUGCGAAGUUCUUGGAUGCAGUGUCGACUCUAAAUUCUCGCAUUUGGCUUGGAUCAACACGCCUCGUAAACAAGGUGGUCUUGGUGAGGUUAACAUUCCUCUACUCGCCGAUUUUGACAAGAGGAUUGCCAAGGCUUACAAUGUCUUGAUUGACGUGGGGGAAGAGACUGGUGCGACUUUCCGUGGUCUCUUCAUCAUUGAUGGCAACGGAAAGCUUCGUCAGAGCACGGUAAACGAUUGUCCUGUUGGACGUAACGUGGAUGAGAUUCUACGUCUUGUGGAAGCUUUCCAGUUUACGGACGAACACGGAGAAGUGUGUCCUGCUGGUUGGAAGAAGGGCAAUAAGACUAUCAAACCUUCAGUAGCUGCGUCGAAAGAGUACUUCGAAAACGUCAACUAA